AACCUACGAAAGGCGUUGUAAUUCUGAUUCAGAACACACCGCCGGCGGCUGAAGCAACGAGAUAUGUGCGGAAUAGCUCUGCUUGUCUCCGGUAUUCACCUAGCUUCGUCAUCUCUCCUUCUCGAUUCGAAAACUGAGCAAAUUGUGUUUUCUCUGGAUGAUAUCAAAGCUGCAUUAAGGAGGAGAGGUCCUGAUAGCUUGGGCACAAAGAAGCUUCUCCUUAAUCCCAAGGUCUCGACUUCCGUUAAGCUUCAAUAUAUUGUCUCUUUUAUUGAGGCCGAAGGAAACCCUUCUCUUUCUUCUGCAAAAGGAGAAGCACGAAACCUAGAAAAUGGUUCAAGCCACUGUAAGCCUUUUGCGGAACUUCUUUUUAUUGGAGCUACAUUGCAGCUAAGGGGACUCACUCCCAUAAGUCAGCCAUUCGUGGACUCAGCUGGAAACAUUUUUGUUUAUAAUGGUGAGAUAUUUGGAGGCAUUCAUGUUGGUAGUGACAGCAAUGAUGGUGAAGUCCUCAUGGAAUUACUGGGGAAUUGCUGCGCCUGCCAUUCCCAUGAAAAUGGAAGAGCAUGCGAAGAAAAAGAUAAAUGUUCUGUCCCAGACCUUCUUUCGACAAUCAAGGGGCCAUGGGCUAUUAUUUUUUGGCAGGAUAGUUCAAAAACGCUAUGGUUUGGUCGAGAUGCAUUUGGUCGGAGAAGCCUCCUUGUUCACUGGCCCACUUUGGAGGACUCUCGUUUUCUGCUAUCUUCUGUGUCACCCACUUCUAUCAUGCAGACAUCUG